AUGCCCCACACUCAUCGCAAAAAGCCCGCUCAUCACAACCACAAGCGCCUCCAAGUGACCGACGACAGCGGCUGGACACACGUUAGCACGAGCGGAAAAACCGCGCGACAAGUUCUGCGCACCACCGCAGCCCACCAACAAGACGACCCGACGCAACCGGGAUCAUUCGUGCCCGCGGAGGCGCCCGCCAGAUUGACCGCGGAGGACCUGCGACGGCAAUUCGAGGGCUAUCGAUCGCGGUGGGAGAGCUCGGAUGUGUGUAGGGUGGUGAGCGAGACGUUACAGGCGCGCAGGACGCCCGACGCUCGUGCUUAUGAUGGGAUCGUGUGUGUUGGGUUGGGUAGUCCGAGUGGGUUUUUGAGAGGAGGGUGGGUCGAUCGCAGGAGUGUGUCGAUGUAUCAGCUUGCUGGGUUGGUGGGCGUGGUGGAUUGGUUGAAACAAACAAAUCCCAACGUCCCCAUCUACGCCCAAGACCCCGUAUUCAACGAACUUGACAAAUCUCUCCUCUCGUCCCUGGAUAUAACUGUUCUCGAGCACCCCCAUGCCUUCGAAAAGGUGACCCCCGCUACCUUCCUCUACUGCCCUGGCGCGGAACAAGCGCAUCUGUCACAACUGCUCGCUUUGAACCCCAAGUCCCUGUUCGGUGGUCCGUUGGAGGAUGUUGAUUCCGAGGUGGUCAGGCAGUUUGUGGAGAAGAGGGGGUCGGUGCGAUUACCGCGGUUUCAGGAACAGGAGCAUGCGUUCUGGAAUAUGCGGAUUUACUGCCCCGAGGAUAGCGGGGAGGAGGACGAGUAG